AUGAAAGACGGGGGACAAAGGCGCAGAUGGGAGUACUGGUGGAUUGCUUUGUGUUUGUCUUUUCUGCUGGGCUUUAAGCAGCCGGUUUCAGCUCAGAUUAGAUACUCCAUUCCGGAGGAGGUGAAGGAUGGAUACCUUGUGGGAAAUAUUGCGAAGGAUCUCGGUCUUGAUAUCGGUUCGUUAGGACACAGACGGUUCCGUAUUGUUUCAGGUUCUAAGGACUCCCUUUUCCAGGUAAAUCAGAACAAUGGCUUCUUGUAUGUUCAUAAGAAAAUCGAUCGGGAGGAGAUCUGUGAUGGCAAUGCCGCAUGUUUGCUAAACCUGAAGAUUGCGGUUGAAAAUCCAUUAGAAGUUCAUUAUGUUGAGGUUGAGAUAACAGAUGUAAACGACCAUUCCCCUUCAUUCCCCGAGAAAGAACUACAAAUUGAAAUCGCAGAAAACACUAUAAAAGGCACUCGUUUUGAUCUCCCAACCGCAAGAGAUUUGGAUGUUGGCAUUAAUUCUAUUCGGUCUUAUCGGCUUGCGCAAAAUGACCAUUUUGACAUAGAGAUAAGGGACGGUGAAUACGGGGAUAAAAGCCCUUUUCUGCUCUUACAGAACCCCUUAGACAGGGAGAGUCAGGAGAAACAUGUUUUAACUCUGACCGCCAUAGAUGGUGGAAAUCCACCAAAGUCAGGCACUCUAAAUAUAACAGUCACGGUCCUCGAUGUAAACGACAACCCUCCAAUAUGCAACCGAGACACAUACACUAUUACAUUAAACGAGAACGCAUCUCCCGGGGUUACGGUUACAUUUGUAAAUGCGACUGACCCAGAUGAGGGCGUUAAUGGAGAUGUUGAGUAUACUUACGGGAGAAAUGUGCAGCGUAAAGUGCAUGAUAUUUUUGAGCUGGACAGGGUUACAGGAGAAAUACGUGUCAAAGGCCAAAUUGAUUUUGAAGAUCAUGACAUUUAUAGUCUGAAUAUAAAGGCAUCUGAUAAGGGACGCCCUCCAAUGAACACUGACUGCAGAGUUAUCAUUAAGAUUAUAGAUGUCAAUGAUAACGAACCCGAGAUCGAAGUAACGUCGCUUUCUAAUAUUAUUUCUGAAGACGCAAAACCCGGUACUGUCAUUUCUCUAAUUAGCAUAACAGACAAAGAUUCCGGGAUAAACGGUAAAGUUGUCGUUAGCUUGUCAGGGGACGUACCGUUUGAAUUGAAGCCAUAUAUCCAGCAAAACAUGUAUUCUCUAGUAACCAAAGAGAGUUUAGACCGGGAGGUUGCGUCACAUUAUGACAUCACAAUAACGGCAACUGAUUUGGGUGGUCCAGCUCUUUCAGCGUCAAAACCUCUAAACAUAGAGGUGUCCGAUGUUAAUGAUAAUGCACCGCAAUUUCCAAGCAGCCCUCUUGAGGUUUACCUAUAUGAAAAUAAUCGACCUGGGGAGUCCAUAUUAUCUGUGAGCGCCACAGACAAAGACAAAAAUGAAAAUGCAAUUGUUGCAUAUCACAUUAUGAGAGGCGAUCCAACACAAGGUGACAUGGCUUCGUUUCUCAAUAUUAACUCGGAAACGGGCGUAAUUAGUGCGCUCAAAAGUUUUGACUUUGAAAUUGUAAAAAAGUUUCAGUUUCACGUGCUCGCUACAGACUCUGGAAGUCCGUCUCUGAGCAGUAACGUGACAGUGAACGUGUUUAUUCUGGAUCAGAACGACAAUGUUCCGGUCAUCUUAUAUCCGGUCAGUGCUAACGGUUCUGCUGAGGGGGUGGAGGAGAUUCCCCGCAAUGUGAACGCAGGUCAUUUGGUGACUAAAGUCAGAGCCUAUGACGCAGAUAUCGGAUACAACGGCUGGUUAUUAUUUUCACUGCAGGAAGUUAGUGAGCACAGUCUCUUUGGUUUGGACCGCUAUACAGGACAGAUAAGGACCCUUCGCUCAUUCACAGAAACAGACGAGGCCCAGCAUAAACUGGUCAUACUGGUCAAAGACAAUGGGAACGUGUCACUCUCAGCAACAGCGACUGUGAUUGUCAAAGUUGUGGAGCCCAAAGAGGCUUUUGCAGCUUCUGAUGUGAAAAACGCAGUAAAAGACGAGGAGGAAAACCACGUGACAUUUUAUUUGAUCCUCACUUUGGGCUCGGUUUCAGUGCUUUUUCUCAUCAGUAUCAUCGUGUUGAUUGUAAUGCAGUGCUCCAAAUCUACAGACUGUUCAUCCAAGUAUUUACAAGAGGCAAAUUACGACGGGACUCUGUGUCACAGCAUCCAGUACAGAUCUGGAGACAAACGGUACAUGUUAGUUGGACCCAGAAUGAGUAUUGGAUCUACUAUAGUCCCGGGCAGUAAUGGGAAUACUCUAGUGAUACCAGAUCGCAGGAGCAGGAGAGAUUCUGGAGAGGUAAGAGCCCUUUGA